CAUCCUCGUCGACCAAUGGCCGUAAAAGUGCCGUGCCGACCACGUGGGGCACAGGCCGCAAGUAGUACGGGGGCGUGUGGCCGCUCUCUCCUUGCCCCCUCCUUUCCGGCGCGGCAGGAGUGUGGCAGGGCCGCGCGGCCCGGGGGCGGGCGGGGCCGGCCGCGUUGCCUGGUUACCCGGUAGAUGAGCGGCCCCUCAGCCAAUCGAGACCGAGCGGGGGCGGGCGCCGUGACGGCUGUGGGUCGGCGGUGGCCGGGAGGGCUCAGUUCGGCCGCGGCCGCCUGCAGCAUGGUGGCUCCCGUCGCGCUGCCGGCCGCCGGACUCCUCUACUGGGUGGGCGCACUGGGCGCCCUCUACGCGGCGGCGCUGGCCUCCUACCGCCUGCUGGCCGGUUUCCGCGUCUGGGUGCUGGGCAGCGGCGCCGCCGCCGUGGGACCGGCGCUGGGCGCCUGGGCUGUGGUUACAGGAGCUACUGAUGGGAUCGGAAAAGCCUAUGCAGAAGAGUUAGCAAGACGUGGAAUGAAGGUGGCUCUAAUUAGUAGGUCAAAAGAAAAACUGGACCAGGUUGCAAGUGAAAUAAAGGAGAAGUACAAAGUGGAAACAAGAGUAAUUGUGGCAGACUUUGGAGAGAGAGAAGAUAUUUACAGUGGAAUCAAAGCGGGAUUGGAAGGCCUGGAAAUUGGUGUUUUAGUCAACAACGUGGGAAUUUCGUAUGUUUAUCCUGAAUAUUUUCUUGAUGUGCCAGACCUGGAUAAAACAGUUGACAAAAUGAUCAACAUUAACAUCAUGGCUGUUUGUAAGAUGACACGAUUGGUGCUGCCCGGCAUGCUGGAAAGAUCAAAAGGGGUAAUCCUGAAUAUCUCCUCAGCUGCUGGGAUGUAUCCAACUCCACUGCUGACUCUUUACUCUGCAACCAAGGCUUUUGUGGACUACUUCUCCCGAGGCCUCCACGCGGAGUACAAGAGCAAGGGCAUCAUUGUGCAGAGUGUUCUACCGUAUUACGUGGCAACAAAAAUGUCCAAAAUCCGCAAGCCAACCUUUGAUAAGCCCAGUCCCGAAACGUAUGUCAGAGCUGCGCUGGGCACGGUCGGCCUGCAGUCCCAGACCAACGGGUGCCUACCCCAUGCGCUCAUGGGAUGGAUCUUCUCUCUUCUACCUACACCUACUAUCAUUAAUUUCCUCAUGAAAACAAACAAAGGAAUACGGGCUCGUUAUUUGAAAAAAAUGAAGGAGAAGUAAGUUGGAGGCAACUUGACCUUGGAAGCAAGGAGCUCCUGCAGGUUCCAUACCUGUGCUGCAGCACCAAGUAGACCUAAUGUUUUAAACAUCUUCAAUUGUAGGUGUACUUUCUAACAACCAUAACAGUCUUGUUUUUAGGAUAGAGAUGAAACAAGACUGACUUCUAAUAUUAAUUUUAAAAUAGGCUUUAUUUGUUUAUACAUAUUGUGAGCAGGGAAGUGCUUUGGACUAGAAUUGCACCAUGCUUUAAGAAAUAAUUACAUGGACUUGAUCACACAUUGUGCUGUUGAGGAACAGCUGGGUUUAUAUAGUGUCCAUCACACAUACUGUGUGUGGGUGAUGGACAGAAACACAGUAGUUCUGAAGUAUUUCCUGGACAGGUGGGGAGGAAUGGGAAGGAAGCAGGAAAAAAAAGGUGACCCAGCAUUAUUGACAGAGUGUAAUGUUUUCCCAGCUCAGGUUUUGGGUACUUGCAAGGAUUCUGCCUUGUCAGCCAGCUCGUGAGCGUUCCCCUGCUUACACGGUCCAGUGUGAUUUUUGGUUAUGGACUUAAGGGAAAUGCGCCAAAAGCCAGAAUGAGUGUAAUUGCUCAUCUAUAAAUAUAUACAUAAAAUAACAUUGCAAAAAGUACUUAAAUUCUUGGUUCCUGGAUAUGGAUUCUAACUUUUCGGUAAUAUGUAAUCUUUAUUAUUUUAAAUAAUAUUUUUAAAAGUUCAGUGCCUGAUCUUUGUAAUAGAUGGUGAUAACACAAUGUAGAUAAAUGUCACAAGUAACGUGUUACAUGCUGGUUGCUGUGUAAAAGAUUAUGGGUGCUUUAAAUGCAGAGCUUGAAACGAGUUACUGUCCUUGUCAGCAAUGAUUCCUUUAGUUUGUCUUUUUGGUGAGGCCUUUUGAAAUGUGAAUCUGAAAUGUUUGAGACGGUUUUAAAAAUUAGAACCAGUAAACUUCUUUAAAUGUAGAACACUUUUAAAUUCCAUUGUGUUUAACUGAUCUAUUUCAUGGUUUUGUUCUAAAACUGAGUGCUGUGGUGGGGCUUGAGUUGCCUGACUCCAGGAGAAAAGGAUCAGAGUAAAUGAGAAGUAUGCACUUGUCUGUAUUUACCCACUGUCUAAGUUAAGAUUUUGGUCUCUGACAUUCCUUUUUAUAACCAUAAAAUGCAUUGAAAUUUGCAAGGCAAAUAAAAUUGCAAGCAGCUACCAGUAUCUUCUGUGGUGAUUUCCUAUGGUUGAAGAGUGGAGGUUGUUUUCCGUCCUUGAGAGAAUAAUUUCAAGCUCUGAUUUUGAAGUGAAACACGUUGUACUGAGACAUGAUUUGGGGCUAACAUUUCUGUACAUUGAAAAAACCUGAAUACCGAUGCAAUGGUGCUGAUCAAAUCUGAGACACAGAUUCUAUGCCAUAGUUUUCUUAAUUUUUUUGGAACAGGGGUGGUGAAGUCAGUGGUAUUAGUUCUGUAAGAGCACAUGACUUGGUUUGCUCUGGAUCUGAUGUGGAAGCAUUGGACUAAACAAUCUGUAUCUUUGACUUUGUAAAAUAAAAUGGAGUUUACUCUGAA